CAUCCUGCGGUGACCCUGUGCUUGUCUUUCUUUCCAUUCCACAUAGAUUGGCAUCGAACAGCUGCAGAUUUUUUCUCUCUCUCUAAGGCACAGAACGCGCUCCUAGGUUCUACGCUCAAAAAAGAAGAUUUAAAAAGGGACAGUUUGUUGCCAGGGAAGGCACCGCCACCUCCCUUCAGACAGGCGAUUUCCGCUGGUUGCGGUUUUUUUUUUUUUGCGGUCUUGGGUUGCUGUCUUUAAUUUCAUCUGUAUUCUGCCUUUGGUCUCUAGCGCUGUUGCGGCCCCUCUUUUCCUGUAACCAAUCUCUUCGAGCCAAUCGAGAAGCAAAAAGCAGCAAACACGCCCUCCCGCUCCGGAUUCCCUUCGGUCGCUGCCCGCCAACCGCAGAGCCGCUCGAGCGAGGGCCGCUGUCUGCGCUCGCUCCCCGCUCGCUUGCCGCCGCCGCCGCCGCGGGAUCCGGGAGGUGAAGCAGGCCGCGCGCAGACAUGGACGUGACGGUCGCCCCGCUCCGCGCCUGGGACGACUUCUUCCCGGGCUCCGACCGCUUCGCCCGGCCGGACUUCAGGGACAUUUCCAAAUGGAACAACCGCGUCGUGAGCAAUCUGCUCUAUUACCAGACCAACUACCUGGUGGUGGCUGCCAUGAUGGUCUCCGUGGUGGGGUUUCUGAGCCCCUUCAACAUGAUCCUUGGAGGAAUUGUGGUGGUGCUGGUGUUCACAGGGUUCGUGUGGGCUGCCCACAAUAAGGACAUCCUCCGCCGGAUGAAGAAGCAGUACCCCACCACGUUCGUGAUGGUGGUCAUGCUGGCCAGCUAUUUCCUCAUAUCCAUGUUUGGGGGAGUCAUGGUCUUUGUGUUUGGGAUCACUUUUCCUUUGUUGUUGAUGUUCAUCCACGCGUCCCUGAGACUUCGGAACCUCAAGAACAAGCUGGAGAAUAAAAUGGAGGGCAUCGGUGUGAAGAGGACGCCCAUGGGCAUCAUUCUGGAGGCCUUGGAGCAGCAGGAGGAAGGCAUCAGCAAACUCACUGACUAUAUCAGCAAAGUGAAGGAAUAAACCUUUCUCCUGGGGACAGGGCUGCAGCUGAAAUUGAGUUGCAAUUUGUCCUCGUCCAGAUCUACUUUUUGUUUGUGUUUUUUAAAUAGGAGGUGCACGUUUUACCACCCAGCUACCUACGGCAGCAUGCACGUGCUGGCCCUACUCUUAACAUCUGUGAUGUCACCGAGCCAAGUCCUCAGAAGCUGAACGCAAACCACCCUCCUGUUGUCUGAGGUUUCCAGUGUGGUAAUGACAGAGAGCUAUGGAUUCUCCAGCAACAAUAUGGCUAUCUCGUAGGGAAAAAAAUAAUUGUAAAAUAUCAAGGAAAUAGAAGUCAAUGAAAAAGCUGUCAAAGGAAAAGAAAAAUAAAUAAAAAGAGAAAAGGCUGUCAAAGUAGAUGACAUCAUGUAUUAGAGCGUUUUGAUUCCUUCCUGGCACCUUCUCCAAAAUUCCGUAGGAUGGUAUUGUGUGAGGUAUCAGUUAGUUUAGUUUGUAUUAUUAUUCUUCAAAAAAAUCAAAGAUGAUUCUAUCAUUUUGCUGCCUGUUUGACUUGCAGUAUAACUGGAUGAGCCAGUUGUUUAUACUUUGUUUACGAAUAUAAAGGUAGCUGUUUAGGAGAAUAUUUUGUUAAAUUUUUGUAAAUUUUUGAAAUGCUGGUAAUGUGUGUUCACCAGCAGGUAUUUGUUGCAAAUUUUGUUAUCUUCCUUGAGGUUACAGCUGUGUAGCCCGUAUUAUUCUUGGCUGACUUGUUAAAAUACAAACAAAAUAAAACCAAACUUAAGUUCUA